UGUCAAUUGCUACCAACUAAAAACAAAGAUCAAUUUAAUUUUUAAAAUUUGUACCACUUGCAGGAGUACAAAGUGAUCACCUAGCAUUUAAAACUGAGUACUUUUCGUGUUCCCCAAAGGGAAGUCUGGCGGUAUGGAAGGGCUCAUAGCCUGGGAUCCCAGAGUUCCAGAACUGUGACCUAGCCUCUCCCCAGACACGGCCGCUCUGAACAGUGUCGGGGAAAUGUGGGAAGCUGCUCAAACACCCGGCUUGAAACUUUAACAUGUAAACUUUAAAAAGUGUGUGGUCUUCGGGGAAGUAAAAAGCAGAACACCAUCUUAGCCACUAUCAGCCUGGGGGUGUUAGACAUGACAGUUAUUUCAAGGUGACCCUGGGAUCAGCUUGCAAGGGUCCAGUUAUUGGUUCCGAGGAUUGGUCGUCUCGAAGGUGGUGCUGAUUUCUCAGGUACGACUGUGCUGAGGGCACCAGGCUGCUCCCCUAGGCCCUGGGAGAAUCAGGCGGCUGUGAGCCCCGCAGAGACGGUGAUGUCCUGAGGUAAAGCUGUGGCCAUGGAGAGCCCAGGCCAAAUGGGGAGGAGGGCGAGAAGGGACGUGCAAGGUAAAGGGACCCAGAUGGGAGAGGAAAGACGCUGAAGACCCUUGUGGAGCACCAACAUCUAAGAGGCAGCUGCUGCUCCACAUCGCCAGGAAACUUCUGGGGCAAAGGCUGUUCAACGUGCUAAUGAAGAUGACCUUCUAUGGGCAGUUUGUGGCUGGUGAGGACCAGGAGUCCAUCCGGCCCCUGAUCCAGCACAACAGGGCCUUCGGCGUCGGCUCCAUCCUGGAUUACGGAGUGGAGGAAGACCUGAGCUCUGAGGAGGCUGAGCUCAAGGAGAUGGAGUCUUGCACCUCAGCUGCGGAGAGGGAUGGCAGUGGCAUGAGUAAGCGGGAGAAGCAGUACCAGGCCCACCGGGCCUUCGGAGACCGCAGGGACGGCGUCAUCAGCGCCCGCACCUAUUUCUAUGCCAACGAAGCCAAGUGCGACAGCCACAUGGAGAUAUUCUUGCGCUGCAUUGAGGCUUCAGGCGGAGCCAGCAAUGAUGGCUUCUCAGCCAUUAAGCUCACUGCACUAGGGAGACCCCAGUUUCUGCUGCAGUUCUCAGACGUGCUGACCAAGUGGAGACAGUUCUUUCACCAAAUGGCGGCAGAGCAAGGGCAGGCUGGGCUGGCCGCCAAGGACACAAAGCUAGAAGUGGCCGCACUGCAGGAAAGUGUUACAAAGAUGGGCAUCGCGUCCAGGGCUGAGAUCGAGGACUGGUUCACGACGGAGACCCUGGGAGUGUCUGGCACCGUGGACCUGCUGGACUGGAGCAGCCUCAUCAACAGCAAGACCAAGCUCUCCAAGCACCUGGUGGUCCCCAACGCACAGACAGGACAGCUGGAGCCCCUGCUGUCACGGUUCACCGAGGAGGAGGAGCUACAGAUGAGGAGAAUGCUGCAGCGGAUGGACAUCCUGGUCAAGAAAGCCAUGGAGGUGGGUGUGCGGCUGAUGGUGGACGCUGAGCAGACCUACUUCCAGCCGGCCAUCAGCCGACUGACUCUGGAAAUGCAGCGCAAGUUCAACGUGGAGAAGCCGCUCGUCUUCAACACUUACCAGUGCUACCUCAAGGAUGCCUACGACAAUGUGACCCUGGACGUAGAGCUGGCCCGCCGCGAGGGCUGGUGUUUUGGGGCCAAGCUAGUGAGGGGUGCAUACAUGGCCCAGGAACGUGCCCGCGCUGCAGAGAUCGGCUACGAGGACCCCAUCAACCCCACGUAUGAGGCCACCAACACCAUGUACCACAGCAUACAGAGCGGUGUUAACAGCCAGCGUGGGAAGACCAAGGUCGUGUCCCAUCUCUGCAAUCUUUUCUGGUGCCUCAACUACGUCUUGGAGGAGCUGAAGCACAAUGCCAAAGCUAAGGUGAUGGUGGCUUCCCACAACGAGGACACGGUGCGCUUUGCACUUAGCAGGGGCGGUUUCAUGGGGCUGGCCCCUCACCUGCCUGGCCUCACAUAUGCUCACAGGAUGGAGGACCUGGGCCUGCAUCCCGCUGACCGCCAGGUGUACUUUGGACAGCUGCUGGGCAUGUGCGACCAGAUCAGCUUCCCGCUGGGCCAGGCAGGCUUCCCUGUGUACAAGUAUGUGCCCUAUGGCCCCGUGAUGGAGGUGCUGCCGUACCUGUCCCGCCGUGCCCAGGAGAACAGCGGCAUCAUGAAGGGUGCCCAGCAGGAGCGGCAGCUGCUGUGGCAGGAGCUCCAGCGACGGCUGCGCACCGGCAGCCUGUUCCACCGCCCGGCCUAGCGCUUGCAGCACCACAACCACCACCUCUGCCACACUCUAGACUCCCCCUUGCCCCAGCUGUGGCCUCCCAGGGCCCUCAGGCUGUGGCAGGGAUUUGGGGUGGGGUCUGUAGCAGCAGCCAAUCACCAACCUCCACAGAUUCACAUUUUUAUACCCAAGACUUCAAGACCUGCUGGACCAUGCUCGUUUCAGCAGCACAUAUACAAGACCUGCUGGAGGUGGGCCCAGCUGCCCUCCAUGCCUCUUGUCCCCACCUGGGAUGUGGGCUGAGUCUCAUACCUGCCAAAGCAGCUAGGAACUGUCAUGAACUGGCCUUCAGUGAGAGGGUGUGGGGCCCCCACCUUCUGCCAGGGUGCACCCCCCGCCCCAGCCCCUCUGGGUGGGCAGCAGCCAGGCUGGGGAAGCCUGCCUGGCCAAUAAACCACUGUUCCUGCA